CAGAUUACGUCAAUGUCAUAAUUAAUUCGUGUCAAAACACUGCCUUUGCCUAUCAUCUGGCUCUGUAUUUAUUUUGAACGCAAUAUCCGAGUACCUUCUUUGUCAUCGACAAAAAUGAGUGUUCGCGAAGAGGAUGGCCCGAAAAACAGUAGCUCAAGUCGAGGAUUAGGCUUAGCAGCUGCUGCAAUUGGUGUUGGUGUGGGUGUUGGCGCAGCCUUGUACUACUUCUUUGGCCAGCGGCCUGAAAAUCCUGAUUCCGCAGGAUCCACCAGUCAGUGGGAGACUGAACAACGAGACGCAUUAGCUCAAGAAUCCAUUAGAAAAUCUCGAAGAAAUGAGGCGUUCCGCGAACGGUCGUGGACCCUCGAGGAGUGCACCAUCUGCUACGAGGUGAUCCUGAAGAACCAGGAGGUGAUGUCACUGCCGUGUACGCAUAACUUUCACUCGGCGUGCAUUCUGCCCUGGCUUCAGCAGCAGCAGACUUGCCCCAACUGCCGCACGAGCGUCAAGUGAUCUCUUAGAUUUUUACCUUAGAACUCAGCGGGAUCUGAAUUCGAAAUAUGGCGGGAAUUACAGUUUAUUUUUAUGUCAUUGUACCCUUAUGCUCUAAAAUGACACAUUGGAUUUUUUUUUUAUUUUAACCUAACAUAAUGUAUAUCAGCAUAAUAGACAAAUAUGUAUCAUAAAUCAUAAUGCAUAAUGGAUCAAAAAAGGAUUUUUAUUAAAAAGCGUUUGUCGUUAUAUUUACUAACUGCAAGUCCCGGCCCCGCCCAGGUUGUAAAAAAAAAAAUAAUAAAGCCAAUGACAUUCACUGAAAACAUGACUCUCUAUUGAUAAAGGAAAUUUUUGAAUGGGUUCAGGAGAUUCAGAGAUACAGCGGCACAAAUUCACAAACUUUACCCGUUUAUAAUAUUAUAUUAGUAUAGAUAUGGCCUUCAUUCGACUUUAAAUGACCCGAUUAGAAUUCAAGAUAGUUCCCGAAUUAGUCAUAUUUUAUUAUUACAUAUUAAGAAUUUGCAAUAAUCGUUUUACAUAUUGAAAAUAUUGUUUAAAAAUUAAAUCUAGAUAUUCGUCAAAAGGAAAACUCAGUCUGUAGUUAUGUUUUUCUGUUUAGAUAUUUUGUUAUGUAUUUAAUUCGCUUAAAUAACACAUUUUUUUCCAAAUAUUACAUUAUAAAAGUUAUUUUAAUUUUUUUUUGUAAUCUGUGAUCAGCUGUCAUAUGAUUUGGGCGCGAAAAAUAU